AUGGAUCCAAAUCAAUAUACUUUACAACACAUUUCUCGAGAGGUUAAAAAACUCCGUCUAAAUUAUAUUUCUAAUAACUAUGAACUGAUAAAGAAUCGUUAUAAUAAUUUUUCUAAAGAGUUUGAAGAUUUAAAUGUUUUCCACCAAAGUUCCAGUGAACUUAAGGAAAUAGAACGAAUUUCUAAUUUCAUUAAACAACAUCAAGAACUUGUGGUUUCCAACUUUGAAACCGUACACGCGCAACAAAGUUCCCAAAGCACGAAUCAACAAGGAUCGAACUCUCAACGACCAAAUUCACUUUUCGAUAUUAUUUCUGGAGACCCGGAUCUUUUCUCUUCUGCGCAAUCACCUGCUAAUCCUGCACAACCUAUCAAUUCGAAUUUGGAUCAAUUUAACUCUGGAAUACCACCUGAGAGUGAUUUUGAAAUAGCAUACAUAGUUCAGAUAUAUCAUGUUUACUUGAAUUCGAUCUUUAGACAAUUAAAGUACGGUCUAAAUUUAACCACGAAGAAACCUUUAUCACAAAAGCAACCCGAAAGAUCGUUAAAACGAUCAAUAUUUAGUGAAGACGACGACGUUGACAAUCUUAACGAACAGCCUUCCAAAAAGAUACUUUCUUCCUCAACGAAGAAUGUUAAUAAAACCUUAAUAAAAAAAGAUAAUUCCCUAAGUAAAUUGGUGCAAGAACAGCAUAAAGCAGCUUUAGAGGAAGAUCCCACAGUAUUUUCUUAUGAUGAAGUGUAUGAUGAUAUGAAAGAUGCCGAAAGGAAGGCAAUACGAGAUUUUAAAGGUAUUGAAAGUAGCGCUUCUAAAAAGCCGAAAUAUGUAAAUGAUUUAUUAAAAGCUGCAGAAAUACGUAAAAGAGAUUAUAUUCAAGCUCAAGAACGUAAAAUACAAAAAGAACGAGAAGCGGAAGGAGAGGAAUUUAAUGAUAAGGAAUCAUUUGUCACUUCAGCAUAUAAAAUACAACAAGAGGAAUUAAGAAAAGCUGAAGAAGAGGAGAAAAAACGAGGCAAGUAA